AUGUCUUCACGCCGGGCAGAGGAGGCGCGAUCGCCACCGCCGCUUGAGUUCGGCUCACGCAGUUACCGCUCCGUCGGCGGACUCUGUACGGAGCACGGCCCGAUUUUCGAAGUCAUGCUCCCGACUGCAUACCGCCGGAAGUCGUCCCCUCAGACGGUCGUACGAGUUCAGUCCGGCAUAGGGCAGGUCGUCGAAGGAGGUGCUUCAGCGGGUAUCAAGGUGCUGCAAGGGAGGGCAGGCGAUGUUGCAAACGGUGCAUCGGAAGGUGCAGCAACCGCCAACACGGAGCCAGCAGCAUUAGCGGCGCCGAUGACUCUUCCCUCGUACGACACGGGCGGAUCUCGGGGCACUGUUGUCCGUCCCGGCCACCACCGGCGUUCAUAUGACACGACGGCUCAAGCCGCCCCGGCGGUCCGUCCUCCGCAGCUCCGAGGGGGGACCCCUGGCCACGACCAGCUCACGCGAACUCAAUCGCCGCAACUCGGUCCGCCAAUACAGCGGAAUUCAGCGUCUCCGCCACAGCAGCAGCAGCAGCAGCAGCAGCAGCAGCAGCAGCAGCAGCAGCAGCAGCAGCAGCAGCAGCAGCAGCAGGAACAGGAACAGGAGCAGGGGCAGGGGCGCCAGGUCGCCACCCCAAGUGACCUUAUGCCCCCACCGCCAACCCCCCCACCGCCACCCCCACCGCCGCCGGUGUCGCUGCCGCUGGCAGUGGUAACGCCAUUAUCAUCGACACGGCCCGACACAUACUCGACGACACAACCGCAAGUCCACCCGGCAACACACCUCACAUCACAGCAGCAACCGCCGCCACAGCCGCCGCCGCCGUUGCCACCGCCGCCGCCGCCGCCGCCGCGGCAGCAGCAGCAAGAGCAGCUGGAGGCCCCGCCUUCACUUCAGCCGCAGAAAGCGCAGCAGCCGCAUGCACAGCCUCCGCAGCGUCCGCAGCCUGCGCAGCCUCCGCAGCAUACAGCAGGAGAUGAUUGGAGUGGCCAGCAGGUUGUAAGUCUACAAGAACCCCUAGCAGGGAGCAGUCGUAGCAGCGUCAGCCGGCGCGGCAGUAGCAAUGUAACGAAUGGGUCCAGCCCCGUAACGCCCACAGGUGUUGCAGCCGUGACUGCGUCAGAUGUUGCCGCUACUGCUGCCGCUACUGCUGCCGCUGCUAUAGCCAUCGCGUCGGACGGCACUGCUAGCAACACGGCAGUAGCUGCUGGUUUACGUGAUUGCCACUCGCCACAGAAGUCCGGGCAGUGCGGGCCCUGGGCACAGCCCGCACCGCGGGGCCAGGGACCCAUGGGUCGCGCUCACCCUGUGGAUCACCACGGACCCCAAAUGCAAGAUCACCACGGACCCCAAAUGCAAGACACAGGCAGACAAGAGGCGGCGGCGGCGCCGCCGCCCCCGCAUCAGCAGCGGCAAUUCAGCUUUCCCGGCUACAGCUCCUCUGCAGGUGACGCCGAGACUAUGAAACGGAUGGGGGCUUCCGAGGGCCCUGAUUCGGACUAUGCAGUGUCGUGGCCUGAGGUGCCUUCAGCUAUCGAACAAGAAGGCUGGAAGGCCCAGGAUUGGCGCGGCCAACAGCAGCCGCAGCGUGAGGAGCCGCCGCCGCCGCCGGGGGCCCCACCCCCACCCCCGCCCCCGCCCCCGCCCCCGCCCCAGCAGCAGCAGCAGCAGCAGCAGCGGCGGCGGCAAUCUAGUGGCUGGCGAUGCGAAAGCGGUCAGUUCCAAAACGAUCGCGAGAUGGAUUUUGGAUCCAACACCGGUACGAACCAGACUCCAGAUUUGAAUAUGGACGAGCAAGACACUGAAGAGGGACAGCCGAACAGUGCCGUACAACGACCGCGAGGCGAAGGCAGCAUGGUGCAGCAUGCACUCAAAUGUAAUCGUACGGCAGGAAAUGCCGUACAAAUUGCAUCAGCUGAGUCUUCGACGGUGGCGACCGCGACAUUGGAGGUCGCCGACAGCCGGCCUGGAUUGCCUGGGGAGCGCCAAGGCCCCUGUCCAGCUUUAGGAUCCGCAAGGGACACGGACGCGGGAAGUCCCCCUCGAAAAAUGCACGACGACGACGACGACGACGACAAUGACGAUGACAACGGCGACGAUAGGCACAACACCGAGCAUUGCGUCAGCCGCCAGCCGCACCGUGAGAACCAGUUGGGCGGACAGGCCGCUCCAGCCGCCUCCGAGCCCGGUGUCCGACAGCCUUUGGCCACUCCGUUCGCCGAAUGGGAGAGUGGCAUGGAGCUGCUCGCAGCAGCAGCAGCAGCAGCAGCAGCGGCGGCGGCGGCGGCGGCUGAUCCCCUGUUGGAAGACCCUGGGGUUCCCGGUCCGCCAGGGUGCAUUGCCAAAUCAGGCACCGCUACCGGCGUGCCAGGGGAGGAUGUUCCAGGCGUGAGUACAAAUCCGGAUCCAGAUCUGUCAGCCGAUGCUGGGAAGGGGCAGCAGCUGCAGCAACAGCCACAGGCCCGUCAGCCCCAGGACGCGUCACAUCCGCCGCCGCCUGCGAGCCUGCAGCUGUCAUGUCUGGCGGCUCCGGCGGCGGCGCAUUAUCAGGAGCAGAAACCGGAACAGGAGCAGAAACCGGAACAGGAGCAGAAACCGGAACAAAAACAGGAGCAGCAGCAGAAACAGGAACAAGACUCGGGUGCGCCAUCACCGGGUUCCUUCAAGACUUCGGCCCGGGUAGAGCCACAAGGGCCGCCGCUGCUUCAAACCCAAGCUAUGUCAGAACCGUACGAUGGCUCGAAGCAUUGCAUGACAUCUGCCGUACAUCCAACACGGCUGCCUGAUCAGUUGGAGAUUAUCACGCAGCAGCCACUGCAAAAGGAUAAUUUGCCUGGAAAUGAACAGCAUAAGGCCCAGCAGCCAGCAGUGCUGCCGUCGCCGCCACUGCAGCAGCCGGCGCAGAAACAGCCACCACAGCAGAUAUCGCUGCUGCAGCCUUUACGACAUCAGCCACAGCCACAGCCACAGCCACAGCCACAGCCACAGCCACAGCCACAGCCACAGCCACAGCCACAGCCACAGCCACAGCCACAGCCACAGCCACAGCCACAGCCACAGCCACAGCCACAGCCACAGCCACAGCCACAGCCACAGCCACAGCCACAGCCACAGCCACAGCCACAGCCACAGCCACAGCCACAGCCACAGCCACAGCCACAGCCACAGCCACAGCCACAGCCACAGCCACAGCCACAGCCACAGCCACAGCCACAGCCAGAGCUGCAGCAGCCAUUGGCACCACUGCCAACACAAUUGCCGCCUAAGUUGCCACCACAGCCGCAGCCGCAGCCGCAGCCGCAGCCUUCCCCCCCUGGAGGAGCUCCCGAAGAGCCGCGGCGACCUGACCUGCCCGAGCCAGUGUACGUCACCGUCGCAGCCACCAUCGCCAAACGCGGGAAAGUCGCCGCCAUGGCGGCGGCGGCGCUGGGUAAACGUAGCAGGGCAGCUGCCAGCGCAGCGGCGGCGGAUAGCCGUACGGUCCCCUCUGGUGGUGGCGCUGAUGACGAGGCUGACGGCGACGAUGACGGUGAGGCGGCGGCGGCGGCAAACUCGACGACACCAAUAAUGCUGGUACGGCAGCGCCGUACCGUGACGUUGGGAAAUUUUGUAUUACACCUGCGGCCGGACGUGACUUGCAACGUGCUGGGCGUGUUCCAUCCUCAACGCUACCUGGAUAUGACAGAGUGCAUCGAGUGCCCCCCAGAAUCGGGUACCUUUAUUACACGGAGCCAUUUCGAAAAGGUCGGCGGAGCCGCGACCGCGAAGUGGUACCGCUCCAUCCGCGUGUUGCCUAGUUUGGAACACCUGGGCAGCUGGCUGGCGAGGUUGAGCCUACCGGUCUUUAAGGGAGUCGGCCGGCGAAGACACCAACGUUGUAUUGCUGGGGAGCCCGUUCUUCAGGCGGGUGAUCAGGGCCAGUAUCAACUCCAUUUCGACUCUGCAGCUGCCGCCGAGGACGCGUCUCCUACCUUUGCUGCAGCCGCAAAACCAUCGGCUGCUUUUGCUACGGCUUCUGCUGCUACUGCCGUAUAUGCCUCGGCAGCCCAGGCUGACACUCAGCCCAGCCCAGCGGCGAUGCGAACAGCCGCUGGUACGGCACCGUGCCCAAUCGGUCUUGGCGGCGGCCCAUGGCCUCGGAGGACGGUGAUGACAGCUACAGCCGCCGCCAUGGCAGCGGCAGCGACGGCAGCGGCGGGGACGGCGCGAAUGCCGUAUUUGCCUGAGGAACUCUUCCACGAUGACAUGGCGGCGGCGGCGGCGGCGGCUUCGGAGGCAGCGUUAGAGGCAGGGGGGGAGGCCGCUGGUAGCGGUGGCAUGGAGUACGAUGUGUACGGCGGUUGGUACGAUGAAGAGGUCCUGAACUUUAGCCGCUUUCAUACACUGGGAUUACCGGCCGGUUGUUACCAGGGACAUUCUGGGUUGGCACCACCGGCGGCGAAGCUAAAGCAGCUGCAGCCACCGCCGCCAUCGCUACUGCCGCAGCCGCAGCCGUCGCAACUCAUCCGAGCUUGGCGUAACGCUGUAGUCCCUGGGUGGUCCAGGUCGCGUAUUGUGCACACGUCCGGCGGCUCACUGUACGAUUUUGGACCGUACGACAUGGCGCCGUACAAUUCAAGGUCGCCGUACCCUGGCGGCUGGCCACAACGUGUUGUAAGAUCGAUGGGGCCGCAGCAAUGUCCCAACGGACGGCGGAUGCCGGCAGUUGCAGCGGCGGCGGCGGCGGCGGCAGCGGCUGUAGCUGGUGGAGACCUGGCCGCCGCCGGCGGCAGCAGCUGGACUGCCAAGGGAAUUGGCAGGAUUGGCACCGCCGACAGUGACGGCGACGACGUGACGGUGCCGACGACAAACCUAUGGUACGAGGCGGGGGUAGCGGCGGAUGCGGUCCCGCUGCCACCGCCGCCACCCACACGACGAACGGCCGGUGCGGCCACCAGCACCGGUUCUGGCAGCGCCGUUGACCACUGGAGAAAGGGUCGUACGGAUGCACAUCAGGUCCUGUACGACAUACCAUUGCUGCCGCCAGCAGCAGCGGCGUCUGAUGAUGACGCCGCAGGCGUAAGCGGCGACGCCACCGUUACGUUCCCCUCAUGCUACAGCCCGCCGCCGCGGCCGCCGCCGCCACGCCCGGCCAAAACGCCAUUAAGGCGCACGAUAACGACACCCACAAAUACGCCUGCUGCAGCUGCGGAAAUGUCCUUCAAGCGCACGUCGCCGCCAGCGGUGGCUGUAGCGGCGGCACCGUGGCCGCCGCCAGCAGCAGCAGGAUUGCAGGGAGGCGGUGCGGCGCUACAGCGUCGGAACCCGCGAUUAAGUGCCGUAGCAGUAGACCGCGGCAACGAAAACGACGACUAUGAAGUUUACGCAGGGAAUCAGGAAGCAUUGAAGCGGCAGCAGCAGCAGCAAACACGGUUUGGGGGCUGCGGCAACGGUCCGCCGGCUGUUCGACUGCCGUACGGAGCGCCUCCGUCACCGCUACGACGGCCCUCCUAUAAGAAGCUACAUGAGCCGGCUCCUACUGACGGCUCCGACGGGGGGACCGUUGCCGUCACGGUAGCCGACAGCGCCGGCGGCGGCGCCGGCAACGGCGUGUACGGCGUCCGGCUUGUGGUACAUCAGCAGCAGCCGCAGCCGUACAACUUGUACCAAGCCCAGAACCAUAGGGCACCAGCGCCAGGUGCCGGCCGGCAGCCCGCGCGACCCCUGCACGUGCCCUGGUCGACCAUGUACGACAAUGUGUCCCAAGGUACGAGCAGUAUCGGCCACGAGGACGCUGGGCCUAAGCCUCCUGCCACUCGUGCCCGCCAGCCCGCACCUGGCGUCACCAACGACGUCGGUGCACUUCACAAUUCGUACGAUCCGUACGAAAACCUGAUUACACUUGUACGACAGGCUCCGCCGGCGGAUGUUCUGCCAACGCGGUUUCCCCCGGCUACUGGAAUCCGUACACUGCAGCGCAAUGAUGGCUUCGGUCUGGAAGAUUCGCUUGACUUGCCGCUGGGUGGUGCCGACGGCCGCUCGGUGUGCCCGGGAUCCGAGCGGGCACACCGCGAGGCGGCGGCAGCGGCGGCGGCGGCAACGGCAGCGGCGGCGGCCGAAGAUGAUGAUGACGAUGACGAUGAUGAGAGGUUUAAAACCCAGCAAACCAUCCGACAACAGAACCGCACGGCGCCGUUGCCUCCGCUACCGUGGGGACACGGCGGCGCCGCCACCGCCGCCACCGCCACUGCCGCGGCCUUGCGCGGGAGAGCCGACGGCUUGCAAACCGAUACAAAUCCCCGGAGCCAGUACCCGCAACCAUCAUCGCAACCAUCAUCACAGCCCCUGCCGCAGCCAUCAAAGCAGCAGCAACAUCAACAGCAACAGCAGCUGCAGGGACUAGCCCAGCUCCACCUCCAGCGGCUGCUGCUACAGCACCACCACCACCAGCAACAGCAGCAGCAGCAGCAGCAGCAACUACUGGCACUGCGGCAACAAGAGGAGCCGAUUGGCGCUGCAGCCAACACUGCGGCCUCUAAGCGCCGUCGGGAGGUAUCGUACCGAUAUAAUCAUACGUCGGAGGACAUGCCGUACAACGAAGAUAAAGAGGGCGACAGCGGCGCAACCGCUAACGAAUUCACGGAGCCGUCACGUGCGCGUAGGAAGGUCGACAGGUCACAGACCUGGGGCUGUCCACAGCCACCCACACAGACAGGACCGGAGCUGGUUCGUCAAGUCGAGCGGCAGGCGGUUGCGAGUGCUGCUGCGGCUGCUGCUGCCAUCGCUGCUGCCGCGGCUGCAGCUACUGCUACUGCUACUGGCGGCAGGAAGCGCAAACUUGGCGACAGCGGCGACGGCACAAUGUGCAGGUAA